GUCGAUCAUGGACAGCUUCAGAAUUGCGCGUAAAAUCUUUUGAAGACCUACAUAAACUCUGGUAUAUUCUAUUGAAAGAACGUAAUUUACUUGCUACAAUGUUUGAAGAGGCAAAACACUGGAAUAAAAUAGCUGAUAAAGAAUGGCUGAAAAGAUGGGAUGAUAGAAAAUUUAAGACACAAAAAUCAAUGGCGAGGAUCAGACAUGUGUUAAGUGAAAGAAGAGUUGCCUAUGAAUAUGCAAUAAGAGAAGAUCCUAAAUUAUUUGGGUUAGAAGAAGCACCUAAACCACAUAUAGGAUACAGAGAAGAGGCAAUCCCUAAUAAAAGAAGAACUAGGCUUGGACGUAAAACUUUUACGAGGAUGAGGAGACUUUUACUUAUGCGUUACUUGUAUCCACAAUCAUUAGACUCGGUGUUUAUGGAAUCUUUACAUUAUGUUGACAUUACGUAUAUUCAAAAACAUACGAAUGAACAAGACCUUAGGCCACCGUAUACUCCUGCCUUAGAACGUUACGAGUAUAAUAUAAAUUAUUGGGAUGAAUUAAAACAAUAUUUAAUUCGUACUGGAAAUCAAAUCGCUUGGAUAAUGAUGUUGUAUUUCCUUUCAUUAAUACCAUUGAUUGGUGCGUUAGUUUAUCCGAUCGCGAGUGCUUACGCUUUAGUAAAUUCAUUAGGUUAUACACCAGCCUUUAUUGUGGGUACUUUAAUGUAUGUAACACCAGGUACAAAGCCAUUUGCUAUGAUAUUUUUGGAAAUUUUGUAUUCGUCAAGAGCUUUGAUGAGAGAAUUAUUAGAACCUUAUUUUGGAAGAAUUAAAUUUGAUAAAGAAAUUAAAAAAAAAUGGUUUAAGGAAAGAGAAGGAAUAUUAUUUGGUUUCUCUAUUGGAUAUUAUUUUUUAAUAAGAUUACCAUUGGUUGGAAUGUUGUUUUACGGUAUUGCUCAGGCUGCUGCUACUUUAUUACUUGUUAAGGUUACUGAACCACCGCCACCACCAGGCCUUGAAAAAACAUACAAGAUAGAAUAUCGAUAUACAGAUCCUAGAACAAUAAAAAAAAAAGAACAUUAA